GAGAGUCAGCUCGCCCAGCAUGGCCGGAAGAAAUAUCCACGUAACCUGAGACCCCUUCCUUCUCCACUGAAUCCUUAUGGCAGACUCAGGAGGUAGAAUCCCAAAGCUGCCUCACUCUCUCUUUCGGAACCUGAUAAGUCUACUUCUAUGGAUUGCCUAAAGCCCUUCAGACAUCUAAAGUCUCUGCAGAGGAAAAUAUUGCACUACACACACACACACAAACACACACACUCGGGACCUCCAAGGGAGCCCUUAGUCUACCAUCUGCAGCCAGAGCUUUGAAGCUAGAGAUCAUAAUGCCUGUUCCCUGAUGUAAUAGUCAACUGCAAUCUCGACUUGCAGCCAUUGCCUGCAUUUCUAACCUUUUACCAGCUUCCUUCCAUGCCGAGGAGAAACUAGGACCAAGAACACAGUAAUAUGAUCCCCAAUUAGCAUAAAAUAUAAACAACCUAGUCAUGUUUUCCAUGGGCUUUUCCAACCUCAAACUAAAAGCACAAAGCAGGGAGAAAGAUAUAAGAAUAUACACAUGGAACUAUAAAUACAUAUAUACUGUCUGUGUCGGCACAGCCAAGCACCCUGACCCAAAUGAGUAUCUGUCUCUAAGAAAAGCAUGUAGCCUGAUGCAGAAAUCGGAGAAUUUUCUCCUUCCAAAGUACAGUGUAAGAACAGACUGGAAGAGAAGUUACCCCGAUUACUUGGUUUGGAAGGGGUUAAGGCACCAGUCAUCCUCUUCUAAAGUGAUUUAUGAUGAUGUGUGGAGUUUAAAAACUUUCCCCCACCCCAAAGAACAGCCCUCUCACUCCUCACUGAGUCCACUCUGAACGUGCUAAAAUGGGAAGGAGGCGGUGUUCUGCUGAUCUGUUAAAUUCUUAGUGAAGUGUCCUUGAUUUCCAGUGGCUGCUGUUGUUUGAGUUUGGUUUGGAGCAAAACUGAGGUAGUCCUAACAUUUCUGGGACUGAAUCCAGGCAAGAGAAAGAAGAAAAAGAAGAAGAAAAAGAGGAGGAAAAAGGUAGGGAGAAAUAAAGGGAGGAGAGAAGCAUAGUGAAAGAAAAAAAAAGUCCCUUUUCGACAUCACAUUCCUGUGUUUUCCCUCAGCCUGGAAAACAUAUUAAUCCCAGUGCUUUUACGCCCGGAAACAAAGAGACUAAGCCAGACUGUGGGGGAAAGGGAGAUAAGAAGGAUCCUGGAACUUUAAAGAGGGAAAGAGUGAGAUUCAGAAAUCGCCAGGACUGGACUUUAAGGGACGUCCUGUGUCAGCACAAGGGACUGGCACACACAGACACACGAGACCGAGGAGAAACUGCAGACAAAUGGAGAUACAAAGACUUAGAAGGACAGCUCCUUUCACCUCAUCCUACUUGUCCAGAAGGUAAAAAGACACGUCCAGAAGGUAAAAAGACACAGCCAGAAAGAAAAGGCAUCGGCUCAGCUCUCAGAUCAGGACAGGCUGUGGAUCUGUGGCGGUACUCUGAAAGCUGGAGCUGCAGCACACCCCUUUUGUAUUGCUCACCCUCGGUAAAGAGAGAGAGGGCUGGGAGGAAAAGUAGUUCAUCUAGGAAACUGUCCUGGAAACCAAACUUCUGAUUUCUUUUGCAACCCUCUGCAUUCCAUCUCUAUGAGCCACCAUUGGAUUACACAAUGACAUGGAGAAUGGGACCCCGUUUCACUAUGCUGUUGGCCAUGUGGCUAGUGUGUGGAUCAGAACCCCACCCCCAUGCCACUAUUAGAGGCAGCCAUGGAGGGCGGAAAGUGCCUUUGGUUUCUCCGGACAGCAGUAGGCCAGCUCGGUUUCUGAGGCACACUGGGAGGUCUCGCGGAAUUGAGAGAUCCACUCUGGAGGAACCAAACCUUCAGCCUCUCCAGAGAAGGAGGAGUGUGCCCGUGUUGAGACUAGCUCGCCCAACAGAGCCGCCAGCCCGCUCGGACAUCAAUGGGGCCGCCGUGAGACCUGAGCAAAGACCAGCAGGCAGGGGUUCUCCGCGUGAGAUGAUCAGAGAUGAGGGGUCCUCAGCUCGGUCAAGAAUGUUGCGUUUCCCUUCGGGGUCCAGCUCUCCCAACAUCCUUGCCAGCUUUGCAGGGAAGAACAGAGUAUGGGUCAUCUCAGCCCCUCAUGCCUCGGAAGGCUACUACCGCCUCAUGAUGAGCCUGCUGAAGGACGAUGUGUACUGUGAGCUGGCGGAGAGGCACAUCCAACAGAUUGUGCUCUUCCACCAGGCAGGUGAGGAAGGAGGCAAGGUGAGAAGGAUCACCAGCGAGGGCCAGAUCCUGGAGCAGCCCCUGGACCCUAGCCUCAUCCCUAAGCUGAUGAGCUUCCUGAAGCUGGAGAAGGGCAAGUUUGGCAUGGUGCUGCUGAAGAAGACGCUGCAGGUGGAGGAGCGCUAUCCAUAUCCCGUUAGGCUGGAAGCCAUGUACGAGGUCAUCGACCAAGGCCCCAUCCGUAGGAUCGAGAAGAUCAGGCAGAAGGGCUUUGUCCAGAAAUGUAAGGCCUCUGGUGUAGAGGGCCAGGUGGUGGCGGAGGGGAAUGACGGUGGAGGGGGAGCAGGAAGGCCAAGCCUGGGCAGCGAGAAGAAGAAAGAGGACCCAAGGAGAGCACAAGUCCCACCAACCAGAGAGAGUCGGGUGAAGGUCCUGAGAAAACUGGCCACCACUGCACCAGCUUUGCCCCAACCUCCCUCAACCCCCAGAGCCACCACCCUUCCUCCUGCCCCAGCCACAACAGUGACUCGGUCCACGUCCCGGGCGGUAACAGUUGCUGCAAGACCUAUGACCACCACUGCCUUUCCCACCACGCAGAGGCCCUGGACCCCCUCACCCUCCCACAGGCCCCCUACAACCACUGAGGUGAUCACUGCCAGGAGACCCUCAGUUUCAGAGAAUCUUUACCCUCCAUCCCGGAAGGAUCAGCACAGGGAGAGGCCACAGACAACCAGGAAGCCCAGCAAGGCCACCAGCUUGGAGAGCUUCACAAAUGCCCCUCCCACCACCAUCUCAGAACCCAGCACAAGGGCUGCUGGCCCAGGCCGUUUCCGGGACAACCGCAUGGACAGGCGGGAACAUGGCCACCGAGACCCAAAUGUGGUGCCAGGUCCUCCCAAGCCAGCAAAGGAGAAACCUCCCAAAAAGAAGGCCCAGGACAAAAUUCUUAGUAAUGAGUAUGAGGAGAAGUAUGACCUCAGCCGGCCUACUGCCUCUCAGCUGGAGGACGAGCUGCAGGUGGGGAAUGUUCCCCUUAAAAAAGCAAAGGAGUCUAAAAAGCAUGAAAAGCUUGAGAAACCCGAGAAAGAGAAGAAAAAAAAGAUGAAGAAUGAGAACGCAGACAAGUUACUUAAGAGUGAAAAGCAAAUGAAGAAGUCUGAGAAAAAGAGCAAGCAAGAGAAAGAGAAGAGCAAGAAGAAAAAAGGAGGUAAAACAGAACAGGAUGGCUAUCAGAAACCCACCAACAAACACUUCACGCAGAGUCCCAAGAAGUCAGUGGCCGACCUGCUGGGGUCCUUUGAAGGCAAACGAAGACUCCUUCUGAUCACCACUCCCAAGGCUGAGAACAAUAUGUAUGUGCAACAACGUGAUGAAUAUCUGGAAAGUUUCUGCAAGAUGGCCACCAGGAAAAUCUCUGUGAUCACCAUCUUCGGCCCUGUCAACAACAGCACCAUGAAAAUCGACCACUUUCAGCUAGAUAAUGAGAAGCCCAUGCGAGUGGUGGAUGAUGAAGACUUGGUAGACCAGCGUCUCAUCAGCGAGCUGAGGAAAGAGUACGGAAUGACCUACAAUGACUUCUUCAUGGUGCUAACAGACGUGGAUCUGAGAGUCAAGCAAUACUAUGAGGUACCAAUAACAAUGAAGUCUGUGUUUGAUCUGAUCGAUACUUUCCAGUCCCGAAUCAAAGAUAUGGAGAAGCAGAAGAAGGAGGGCAUUGUUUGCAAAGAGGACAAAAAGCAGUCCCUGGAGAACUUCCUAUCCAGGUUCCGGUGGAGGAGGAGGUUGCUGGUGAUCUCUGCUCCUAACGAUGAAGACUGGGCCUAUUCACAGCAGCUCUCUGCCCUCAGUGGUCAGGCAUGCAAUUUUGGUCUGCGCCACAUAACCAUUCUGAAGCUUUUAGGCGUUGGAGAGGAAGUUGGGGGAGUGUUAGAACUGUUCCCAAUUAAUGGGAGCUCUGUUGUUGAGCGAGAAGACGUACCAGCCCAUUUGGUGAAAGACAUUCGUAACUAUUUUCAAGUGAGCCCGGAGUACUUCUCCAUGCUUCUAGUUGGAAAAGACGGAAAUGUCAAAUCCUGGUAUCCUUCCCCAAUGUGGUCCAUGGUGAUUGUGUAUGAUUUAAUUGAUUCGAUGCAACUUCGGAGACAGGAAAUGGCGAUUCAGCAGUCACUGGGGAUGCGCUGCCCAGAAGAUGAGUAUGCAGGCUAUGGUUACCAUAGUUACCACCAAGGAUACCAGGAUGGUUACCAGGAUGACUACCGUCAUCAUGAGAGUUAUCACCAUGGAUACCCUUACUGAACAGAAAUAUGUAACCUUAGACUCAGCCAGUUUCCUCUGCAGCUGCUAAAACUACAUGUGGCCAGCUCCAUUCUUCCACACUGCGUACUACAUUUCCUGCCUUUUUCUUUCAGUGUUUUUCUAAGAUUAAAUAAAUAGUAAACUUUCACCUA